AUGAACAAUUCGGUGCUUCACAAUCACAACACUCCACCUUACUCUUCUUCUUCUUCUUCUCGGAAUCAUAGCCAAAGGGAUGUCCGUUACAGCUGUGGUUCUUGCGGUUAUGAUCUUAACCUAUCCUCAUCCAACAGAAACACAUCAUCCAUAGAUUCAAAAUAUGGAAAAUCAAUAAAACGAGGCAUGAUAUCGUUCUUCAACAUUGAUGAUACAAGGUUUACACAGGUUGAUGAGGUUCAGUGCGCUCCUCAUUUUUCUAAGAACUUGUUGUGGGGUUUGUUUCGUCCAAGAACGAAGCUUCGUUGUCGAAAGUGUUGCAACCAUAUCGGUUAUGCUUACAAUGGUUACACAUCAUCAUCAUCAUCAUCGUCAUCGCCAUCUUUUAUUCUAGUAUCAUCAAAUGGAACAGAACCAUCUCCUUCCAUUGAAACACCAAGUCAAGUGAAGUACGAAAUUUGUAUCCGUGCCUUGCAGCCUUCAUUUUCACUGGAAUAUGGAAAUGGAGUCUCUGCCUUAGCUUGA